AUGGUUAACAUUAUCAAAAUUUUGAGUCUUGCUUUAGCAUUUUCAGCAACAAAUGCUGAAGAUUAUGCCAUAAUUGGUGUCACUAAUUUCAAAGGGAUCCCCUUGAAUACUGUUGAUAAAUUCAAAAUGAAACAAAUCACAUAUGAUGAAUUAGAAUCCAAUCCUCAUUAUCUUAAAGAAAAAGGUACAGUGUUUGCAAUUACUGAUUCUAAUAAUAUAAUUUUACAUACAUCAAAAUUGAAUACUCCUGAAAGAACGUUUGGUAAUGAAGAUUUUGCUAUAUAUUCUCUGUACAAGAAUAAAGAUUCUUGGAUUGAAUUUUCUCGUGACCAUGUUCAUACAGAGCGUGGUGCAAGCGUUGCUGUUUCUCCAUGUUUCAAUCAAAUGUACGGUAAUGGUGGUACUAUUGGUGGAUCAGUUGGUAUGUAUUUCGGUAAAUCAAUGAGUACAGAUUUUGUGGCAGUCAAUGAACUUUUUAAAUUUGCAUUCAAUUAUGGAUGGAAUCCAAGUGUUAACUCACAAUUUUCAACUUCUGGAUCAUACAAAUGCUUUGUUCCCAAGGGUAGAAUUGGGCAAUUAUUUAUGACACCAACAAUUAAUAAAGUUGAAGGUGCGAAAGUGAGACCAAUUAGAAUAAAGAAAAAGCUUUUUAGAAAAGAUGAAGUUGUGUAUGAUGAAUGGGAAACAAUGGAUGAUUUUGAGUAUCCCGUUAAUUCAGCUCCACCAAUUUAUGACGGAGGUAUUAUUCAUGAAGGUGAAUAUAUACUGAUACCAGCAAGAUUACCAUUACCUAUCAAUAGUAGUUCAUCAACAGAUUCAUUUCCAAAAGUUGGAUCUCCCAAUUCAAUAAAUACUCCAAUUCGAUUAAAUUCUCCAUCAAUUGUAUCAUCACCAGAUUUUGGAUCACAUUUAAGAUCUCAAUAUCCAAAUUCUUCAAACAAAUCUCAAUCUCAUAAUACUAUGUUUUCUAAAUUUACUACUGGAAGAGAAUCAAGUCCUGUAUUUAAUGAUUAUGAUUCAAUAACUUCAACAAGUACUCCACCAAUUACUGCUCAACCUAUACCGACAACUCUGAUUGAAGGUGCUCCAACUUUAGUUCAUAAAUGGACUCAUACUCAUUCAAUUCUUUGUGUUAUACCAGCACCUCAAAAGCAAUUAUUAUUUUGUGGAACUCAAGAUUCAAAAAUUUUAGUUUAUGAUAUGAUUGAAUAUUCUUUAAAAUAUGAAAUAAAUUGUGGACAUCAAGAUCAAGCAGCUUCUGUAUUAACUCUUACUAUAUCUAAUGAUGAAAAAUAUUUAUUUAGUGCUGGUUCAGAUUCAUUAAUUAAAGUAUGGGAUAUAUCUCAUAUAGGUAAUAUUGAUAAAGAAAAUAAUUUAGAUAAUCAAGAAUCUAAUCAUGAUGAUGGAUUAAUUCAUUGUACUCAUAUUAUUUAUUCUUAUGUUGAUAUAGGUGAUAUCUUUUCUAUAACAUGGUGUGAUUCCUUAUCAACUUUAUUUAUUGGAGCACAAAAUGCUUCUAUCUUAUGGUGUCAUUUAUCGUUCGAUGAUAAUACUCAUCAUCAUCCUCAUUCAACUCUUAAAAAUAUUGGUAGAUUACCUCAUUUUAGAUAUGAUAAAUUUUUUGAUUCAAGAGGUCCUGGAGGUUCAAUUAAUACAUUACAAAGUAAACAACAAUUAUUAAGAAAGAAUUCAACUAAUUCUCAAAAUAUCCCCAAUUCUCCAAAAUUAAUUGAAGUUAAAAAUGAAGAUAUAAUUAAAUUUGCUCAUAAUGGAUAUGUUUAUUGUAUGGAUAUUUUAAGAUGUAAAACUGAUGAAUCCAAUAGUGAUUUUAGUUUCCAUUAUCUGGAUACUUAUGAUAAUAUUUUAAUAUCUUGUGGAGGUGAUGGAUUAGUAAAUAUUUGGGGGAUUAAUACAGGAGUAACUCCAUGGACUUUAUCAAUUCAAAAAUUUAAAUCUUUAGAAAAUGAAGAAUCAGUUAUUUCAAUGUCAAUUCAAAAUUCUUAUCUUUAUGUUGGAUUAAGUGAUUCAACUAUUAAUGUUUGGGAUCUUAUGACAUUUCAAUUAAUUAGAUCAUUUCAUUUUGAAAGUAAUGAUUCAUCUUAUGAUGAAGUAUUAAGUUUAUGUAUCUAUAAUGAUUGUAUUUUUAAAGCAUCUAAUUUAGGAGGUUUAGUUAAAUUUAAUUUAAAAUCAUAUCCAGUUAAUAGUGAUCAAAUUUUUGAUGAUGAAAAUGGUAAUAAUAAUCCUAUAAGUUAUGAUAAACAUUCUACUCUUGUAUUAGCAGCUGAAGAAGAUACUUUUAAUAAAUUAUUUGCUCAAGCAAGUCUUCAUGAUCUGGAUAAUAAUCUUGGUUCAGUAUUAGCUGCUAGUAUUUUCACUGAUAAAUCAGGUGCAACCACUUAUUUACUUUCUGGUGGUCAUAAAGCUCUUUGUUUAUGGGAUAUUACUAAUGUUGGAGAUGUUAAAAGAACUAAAGAAGAUGUAUGUGAAGGUAAAGAGAAUCUAAAACCAUCUAAAAAUAAAGGAGAUAUUUAUAGUAAUGAUCAUUUAUUAAAAUCAUUAAAUAGAUAUAUUUCAUUCAGAACAAUUUCUAAAUUCCCUACCCUUUAUUUAGAAGACUCACGUCAAUGUUCUCAAUUUCUUUGUCGAUUAUUAAUUAGUUUGGGAGCCAAUCAAACUAAAUUAUUACCAGUUGAAAAUGGUAAUCCCAUUGUAUACUCAUUGUUUAAGAGGAAUAAUAAGAAUCUCAAUCUCAAUAUCAAUAGUAAUGAUAAUGAUAAUGAUAGUGAUAAUGAUGAUUCAAAACCUACUCGAGUUUUAUGGUAUGCCCAUUAUGAUGUUGUUGAUGCUACUAAUCAUGAAGCUAAUGAUUGGAAAACAGAUCCAUUCACAUUAACCGCUCGUGAUGGGAAUCUUUAUGCUCGAGGAGUUUCUGAUAAUAAAGGUCCUACAUUAGCAUCAAUUUAUGCUGUAGCCGAUUUAUAUAAUAAACAAGAAUUAUCAUGUGAUGUUAUCUUUAUAAUUGAAGGUGAAGAAGAAUGUGGAUCAAUUGGAUUUCAAAAUGUUAUUAAUGCAAAUAGAUCAUUUAUUGGAGAUAUUGAUUGGGUUAUGUUAUCUAAUUCUUAUUGGUUAGAUGAUGAAACUCCAUGUUUAAAUUAUGGAUUAAGAGGAGUAAUUAAUGCUACAGUUAGUAUUAAAUCAGAUAAACCAGAUCGACAUUCUGGAGUUGAUGGAGGAGUUCUGAAAGAACCAACCAUGGAUUUAAUUCAAAUUCUUGGACAAUUAGUUGAUCCUCAAACUAAUGAAAUUAAAUUAAAUGGAUUUUAUGAUGAUGUUUUACCUUUAACUGAUAAAGAAAUCGAAUUUUAUAAAACAAUUGAAGAUGCUGCAAUUACUAGAAAUAUUAAUAAUCAAGAUAUUAAAACAUUAAUUUCUAAAUGGAGAAAUCCAUCAUUAACUAUUCAUAAAAUUCAAGUUUCUGGUCCAAAUAAUAAUACAGUUAUACCCCAAAUUGCAAAGGCAACUAUAUCAAUUAGAAUAGUUCCAAAUCAAGAUUUAGAAAAAGUUAAACAAUCAUUAAUUGAUACUUUAACUAAUGCAUUUAAAAAUAAUCAUUCAGAAAAUCAUCUUGUAGUAAAUAUAUUUCAUGAAGCUGAACCUUGGUUAGGAGAUCCAUCUAAUUUAGUAUAUUCUAAAUUAUGUGAAAAGAUUAAACUUAAUUGGGGUCAAGAACCAAUAUUUAUUAGAGAAGGUGGAUCUAUUCCAUCAAUUAGAUUUCUUGAAAAAUGUUUUAAUGCUCCAGCAGCUCAAAUUCCUUGUGGUCAAGCUUCAGAUAAUGCUCAUUUAAUUAAUGAAAAGUUAAGAAUAAUUAAUUUAUACAAAUUAAAGGCAAUACUUACUGAUACUUUAAGAGAGUUGGGUAAUUAA